UGCUCUAUACUCUAUACACUAUAAUACACUCAGGUUAUACACAACAUUCAUUGUUCAUUGUGACAUUUCAAUGAAAUAGUCCCACUGUUAUCAUAAGAAUUGUCAGUGUUUUAGUAGCAUUAAUAUUGUCACUUAAGAUUUAGAGCAACGGUUUCCAGAACUUCACGGAAAUGAAGUGUGCAUAUCGCCCCAGUAUAUUAACAUCAGUAUCGAUAUUUCUUUUUUGUAUAAGUCAAACAACGGUUAUCCUUGGAAGUAGUUCUAGAAAGAUAAACAUGAGCACCAAUGCCACAAGCCCGACAACAUUACUGGUAUCUUGGAAUAUACCUAUCAACAGCACGGAAACAUGGUUAAAGAUAUCGAACUCUACGUUUAAACAUGACAACAUGGUACAUGGGAAAGUGGAGUACAUAUUCCGCGACUUAAAGCCGGGCACAAAUUAUACAGUUCAACUGUCAUUUAAAUUUGAGACGAAACCCAGCAUGAAUAGAAAAGAAACAGUUUUGAUGCCGAAUCUGACAGAGGGACCUCCAGAGGGAACUUCAAAACCACCCUACUCAAACUCGAUAGAGGGAACUUCAUUACUACCUAACGCAAAUUUGGAAAAGGGAACUAUAAAGCUACCCAACUCAAAUUCGACAAACAGAACUUCAAAAAUUCCCAACUCAAAUAAUUAUUCUUCGACAUUGGAAACUUCAGAACUACCAGGUUCAAAUUCGUCGGACACUAACGCUGCCAAUGUAACUACCGUGCUACAUUUAACUACCUUGGCUGCAAGCAGCAAGCCAUACAUACUUCUGUCCUACUGGGUAAUUAUAACUGCAGCUAGCGGUCUGGGGCUCGCCAUCUUUUUUUCAGCCAUAGCUAUGCUGGUGAACAGAAAUAAGCAUGCAAAGAGGCAAUGUCAAAUGUCUACUGCCAAAAGUGACUCUAAGAAAGAUCUGAACGUGGAGUAUGGCGUGGUGAGCAAAUCCUACGAGGAAGUAGUUCCAGUGGAGCAGCGGUUCGCAUCCUGCUCUGAGAGCCGGCAGAAUAACGCCAACAGCUGCCUCAGCUGGGGGUCGGAGUUCGAUGGGAUUGAGGAUCGGCCAAAUAAUAUCUAUUCGAACAGUCACGUGGCCAAGACCCCAAGGUGAAAGGUCAAGGCAAACAUUGUCUGGGCGUUUCUGAAGAGAUGAUAUAAAUAAAAUUAUUUAUUA